AUGUGGCAAAUGUUUGGUGGCAUUGUAGCAAUUGGAGAGAAUGCAUGGGCACCUUCAUCUGCUGUUCUUCCAAGUGGGGUUCCUAUGGGAGAUGGUACACCUAAUGAGGGAUUUGGUGAUUCAGAUGAACAUAGUAAUGAGAAUGAAGGUAUUCCUCCUAAUGAGGUAUCAUCAAACCUUUCUCAUGAAACUCCUAAUCGAAGAAAGCAAACACUUGGGGUUGUACACGGUAAAAGAAAAAAAUUAAGUUCAAGUAGAAAAUCAUCAAGAAAUACAUUAACUACUCAUAUUGAAAAAUUGUGUGAGAGUAUGACUAGUCCAAGGAAGUCAGUGAAUGAAAUUAUUUUUCCUCACUCUCAAUAUACCAUUUCAAAUGCAAUGGAUGCUUUGCGUGUUUUGGGAGAUGAAAUUCCAAAAAAAGAUGAAAUGUACUAUUUUGCCAUCAAAAUGUUCCAAAUACAGGUGAAACGAGAAGUAUUUUUGAACUUAGAUCCAAAUGAUAAGGUUUGGUGGCUUCGACGUGAGUAUGCUGAACAAAAUUCAGUUGCAUCAUUUUCAUCCUUGGUAGCAACAUCCUCAUUUCCCUUCCAACCAUACCAUCAACCACCUCCACCAUAA